AUGAGCAAAACGCCAACUCCAUCAGACACAAGCUCCAAAUCACAGUCAGUGUUCCAUUACGCAGCAGCUGCCAAGCGAAGCUCUCAAAUUCAAGAUCAGCAAGGAAACAGCACUUGGUCAUCGAAUACGCCAUCGCCAUCCUCGAGUGAUAAAGACAAUACAAACGAGACGACGUUGAAAACGGCCACGAGUGUAUCAUCAUCAACCAGCGAUCGAGUAUCAGCAUCGUCAAAGCAACAUCCUAUCAUCACCACCACCACCACACGCACAAGAUUGGCACACAAAAGCAAAUCAGGAUCAAUACCAAGGAAUGCGUCAGUGCAAUUACCGCAACCACCUCCGAUAAAAACAGACACCAUCCAGUUUGGAUCAAUCAAUCAGAAUACAGAUACGCCUCCACCACAAUCGCUGAACAUCACCAUCAAUGACUCCUCCCAUAUCCUGAAAUCCACAAAGGUCAAAUUCGGUAGUUUACCAGCUACAGACACAUCCUCCGCACAUCAUUGGCAGGGACAACCUCAUAUUCGGAUACAACAACAUACACAUCCUCCUCCUCAUCCUCCUUCUUCAAAGCCAAGAAACACCACCACAACAUCUCCUCGGAUAUCCGCACAACAACAACAGCACCAUCAGCAGCCAUCAUCGACCGCAUUUAAUCCUGACAAGAGCAACAAUAACAACCGUAAAUUGUUCACACAGCCAUUUGCACCUCAACAUUCCUCGCCCGAUUCCCAUUCAGCACAUCACCAUGGCAGCAGGCAUUAUCGACAGCACCAUUACAAUCCCAAACAUCCAUCACAACAUCCAUCAAUUUCUCCCAAUAUGCAACAUGCACAUUAUAUACCACAUCAUCAUUAUCACCAUCAAAAGAAGGCAUUGUCUCCUCAUAUGGCAACUUCACCAUCUAUGCCUGCAGCACAAAAUAUUCCAAUGUCUCAUGCAUGGAGCAGCCCUGGUCACGUCCCUGUACAAUCCCAUCAAGCUUAUCUUAUUCCACAAAACUACGACAAUCAACCUCGCUUUUAUCCGCAAUACCCAAUUUCGCCUUACAUCCCUCAACAAUCACCAGCCUAUGUCACCCUUCCUAGAACCAGUAAAGCAUUGCCCAUCAUCAACCCUGAUACCAAAGCUGAAGUAAAGGCAGAUCCACGAUCAUCCAUUUCCACAUCAACCAGCGGUAGCACUACUACUACUACUACUACUAUCACCAAAGAGCCGACAAAAUCAGUUGUUGAGGAGCGUAAAAAGGAAGAAGUCAAAUCACCAUCACUUCCAUCAAAAUCACCAACACCAACACUGAAACGCAUUCCCAUUGUGGAUCCAGCUAUUGCGAAUCGUGAAAAACGAGAACGUGAAGAGGCUGAACAACGUGCCAAAGAGGAAGCUGAGCGACGUGCCAAAGAAGAGGCUGAACAACGUGCAAAGAAAGAAGCUGAAGAACGUGCGGAGAAAGAGGAAUUGGAAAGGAAAGAAAGAGAAGAAAAAGAACGUUUGGAAGCUGAACGUAAAGCUUUGGAGGAAAAGGAGCGAAGGAUAAAAGAGGAGGAGCAACAACAACGAGAAGAGGAAAAAGCACGCCAACUAGCAAUUGAGGAUGAAAAGAAGAAAGCAGCCGAUGAAAAGUCUGCAAAGGUGCCUGAACGACUUGAUUUGACAACUAUUUCAUCAACGCCGACAUCAGCUACAACAUCUAUUCGCACACCUAGUUCACCAGCUACACGCAUGAUUGAUGAUCCUAGCACUGUUCGAUAUCCACCCAACAUCAAACCAUUUGGUAGCAAAGAUCCCAAGAGCGGCAAAAUUCAGUAUGAUCCAGCAUUUUUGAUGCAAUUUGCACCAUUGUGUCUUCAGACUUCAGAAGAUUUAUCUAAAUUCCGCGACAUGACCAAAGGAGAUGAGCAAAAUGGUAACCGAAGUAUGAGUUCUCGUCGACAAGGAUCAGAACGUGGUCGUGGUCCACGUACACCUUCUGGUGGUGGAGAUGUUGCCAUGUUUCGUCACGGCUCUAAGGAUGGUGUUGCAAGAAUGGAUAUGGGCAACUUUGCUUCUGGUGGUAGACCCUUGACACAUCGAGUUGGUAGUGGUGGUCAUGGUAUCCCACAUCCUGGAUCAGCUGGUGGUAUGCAACGUGAAGGCUCACACGGUGGUCGAGGAGGACGUGGUGGUCGUGGCAACGGUGGUGGUAACAACAAGGGUCGUCAUGGAAAAGAACAACAAGAGAAACAACAACAAGGUGGACCUACUAUUCCUCCAGAACAAGUGGCACCCCUUGAAAAGAGCCAAAAUCGUUGGGUACCUCUUGCAUUGCGUAGACAACGUGAAGCUGAAGCAGCGGAUGAUGGUUUAAUGCCUGAUGAGUUGAUUAUUCGCAAGGUCAAGGCUUUACUCAACAAGUUGACAUUGGAAAAGUUCGAUUCUAUUUCGGAUCAAAUUUGGCAAUACGCAAAGCAAUCAGAGAAAGAGGACAAUGGCCACUCGUUACGACUUGUUAUCGAACUCACCUUUGAAAAGGCCUGCGAUGAACCCAAUUUUGCCAUGAUGUGGGCACAGCUUUGCCGCAAAAUGUACGACGUGAUCACUGAUGAUAUCAAAUGGCAAGAUAAAGAAGGCAACAUCGUUUCGGGUUUGAAUCUUUUCCGCAAAUUCUUGCUCAACCGGUGUCAACAUGAUUUUGAGCGUGGAUGGAAAACCAAGAUUCCUCAAUUGGAAGAGAAUAGUUCCGACAUGAUGAGUGACGAGUAUUAUGCAGCUGUCAAAGCGAAGCGGCAAGGCUUAGGUCUGGUGCAGUUUAUUGGUGAACUUUUCAAGCUGCAUAUGCUCACAGACAAAAUCAUGAUCGAUUGUCUUGCUCGCCUUGCCGAUGAUCCAAGCAACGCCGUGGAUGAGGAAACAGAGACCAUGUGCAAGUUAUUGACUACCGUUGGCCAAAGGCUGGAUGUACCCAAAACAAGACGAUGGCUCGAUGCUUAUUUUGCUCGUAUGAAAGAAAUGACCGAGAGCCCCAACUUGAGUUCACGUAUCAAGUUUAUGAUCAUGGACGUGUUUGAUUUACGCAAGAACAAAUGGGUUAGCCGACGGGGUAAUCAGCCUGCACCUACCACUAUUGCAGAGAUCCACGAGCAGGCACAAAAGGCAAGGAAUGAAGAAAAGGAGGCUAUGAAGCGAACAGGUAGCUCUCGAGGCAACUUGCCACAUCCAAUGUCAAGAGCUGGAUCACAUCGAGGUGCAGGGGCACGUGAUUUACAACGUGAAGGAUCCAAUAGCGGCAAUGCGUCUUCCGUAGUGGAUGGAUGGAAUAUGGUUGGCAGUGGCAGUGGUUCUGGGAGCCCAAAUCGAAGCAACGAAUUGGCCAAUUUCGGCAAGACUGAUCGAAGCAAAACACGAAGCAACGUACUCGGACCUUCCAACAGCCCUUUUGCUAGUUUGAAUCGAGCUAGCUCCAAAUCGGGAGAACAAAAGAGCAACUCCAAUGAAAACAAUUCGACCAAUAUGUUUAGUGCUCUUGGAGGUGAAGACCACGAUCGCUCUGAAGACCAUUAA